UCUGGAAAACAUCUGUUGGGCGAUGUGAUAACAAUUUCAGUUUUUUUUUACUCAGCACAUUUUGAUUUGUAACAAAACUACAAUUUCUGAAUAGAAAUAAAAGCAAUUAUUGAUAGACAGAGAUGUCCAUGCUGCCAAAUUCCACAGACAAGCCCGCUCAGGCGGCCGCGCCACGUCUUUUUGACAACGCGGACCUUGACAAGCUGGCCAUUCAGUUUGUGGGGGACAUGCAGCGAUACCGCGAGAACAUUAUAAUACCCAGGAGCAUGGGGCCGGUGAAGAUCAAGACGAACGAGGAGAAGCUAAUCGAGACGGCUGUGGAGAGCUGCGGCUUCAAAUGUGCAAUGGCAUGCGUUAUGGGAUAUGGUCUUGGCGCUGCCCUUGGUCUGUUCAGUGCCUCCGUUAAUCCCAGUAUGGCCGAUCCGUUUGCCAACGAGAAGAAGCAAACAGCCCGCGAGGUGUUCCGGGAAAUGCGAGCCACCACGCACUCCUAUGCCAAGAAUUUCGCCCUAAUUGGUGCAGUCUUCUCCGUAGUCGAGUGCGCGAUUGAGAGUAAACGUGGCGUCACCGACUGGCGCAACGGCACCUACGCUGGCGGCAUCACCGGCGGUCUGAUUGGUCUGCGCGCCGGCAUCAAGGCUGGCGUCAUUGGCGGCCUGGGCUUUGCGGCCUUCUCCACGGCCAUCGACUACUAUAUGCAUUCUAGAUAGGCCACGCACACGCACAGCUUUGGAUCCCCAUCCCAUCCCAUUCGUUUUUAUCGUAUAAAUGUUUCUUUCUAAU